AUCAUGCAAUGGAUCCCGUUGACCCACACUUUGUAUCUCCUUCACCACCCGAAAACCCAUGAACAAAACCCCUUGUUCACGAUCCUUUGUCCACAUACAAAGCUCAUCCCGUUUCUUUACCAACUGCCUUGAUGCUGCAAGGCGAAGAACGACUCGGUGGCACCUGAUAGACCAUCCCCGCUGCCUCCUCGCGUUCAUGAGCCUCCCGACGCUAUGACCCUCAUUUCACCUUCAUCCAUUCUUUCGGAAUCCGCGCCGACCACAUUCCCGCCCGGCGCCUGGAGCGCCUCUUUUUUCAUUGAACCCUUCUCAAUAGUCGAGUGUCUAGCCAUGUGCGGGGGUCAAAGAAGAAUAGGCUGGAUCUGAUGGGUGGCAACCCUGGCGUCUAAUCAACCUGAGUGUCCUAUGAGCUCGCCGUGGUGGUUGUGGCUAUCAAAGGGUAGAAAUCAGGCUUGAAUCGCGAGUCUCGGUGCCGCUGGCUCGCAUUGAAUAUUCAAAACCGAUAAAACUCAUAAGGGAGGACCGAAAAGCUUUCUGCUUACGCUGUACUGCAUACCUGAAGUCAGCGCCAGCCAUAUCACAUACUCCAAUUUCGAAGUCAUAAUGGAGUAUGCACUGCCUCCUAUAAAUUCAUACGCUCAUCUAUCCUUAUCGGGGCAAUCUGGCGCCUUCGUACAUAAUACGAUCAACAUGCAAGAUGCCGGCGCUUGGACUUCCUCAUUGAACGUUUUACGCGAUCAACGCGGCUAUCUGGAAGAUCUGCUUGCCAAAACGAUCACGAAGCUCAAUGCUCUACGCGAUAAGCAGACGAGGAACGAACGUUCCCUGAACGCCCACCCGGAGCACUCGCGAUCGAAAAAGAAGAAGAUCUCCCAGAACAAGUGGAGGACGAACAAGACUAUAAGCACGUGCGAGAAUGAAGAGAGAGUCAUCUUGGACUGUUUGAAUGUGUGCAGGAACAACAUCGAUGCGUUGGAAUCUCUGCUACACUCGGUGGGAUGUCCUCCUGCUCAAGCCGACUACAACUCGACGAACUCGUACACGGGGUCGGAAUAUAGUGGCAUACAAUGGACGACUGGCUGGACAGAAGAAGACGAGCCCUUUUCUCCGUUUGAAUUCUCUCGUGGCGCGCCGAACACAUUGCUGGACCUCGCACCGGAUGAGGGGUUUGGACCAGGCCCAGUUCUCGUGGGGGACUCUGUGACACAUGAGACACAUUACGCCACAUUAUUGCCACCGCACGAACGGGCGUGCAAUCCUCACGCAUCAAAUUCAGCUUCGCGGUUGAGUCCCAAAGCUGCCGUCUUCGAACCAAGUCCUACAAACAACAUGGGCAAGAAUGGAGGAUUAAUGCAACAGGUGGACAAAUUGAGCAUCUCGGGCCUGUUGUCAUCUAUGAGUAUGAAGAAGCAAUUAUGUGGGAAGAGUUUCUCAAGCCAAGCAUUGGAGCAGUCCAUGAGCCGUGCUUCGAAUGGUGAACGGCACGGGUCACAGUCAAGCAUCCAUCGCCGUCGCUCUGCGCUUUGA